AUGGAGGAAACACCUGUUGCCGGAUUACAUCUUCAAACUAAGGGCGACCUGACAGGGAUGAUGUACACAGCCGGCUCGUCGGGCUCUUAUGCCUCAGCCCGAUCGCCAGGCUCUCAUGCCUCAGCCGGCUCGUCGGGCUCUUAUGCCUCAGCCCGAUCUCCAGGCUCUCAUGCCUCAGCCGGCUCGUCGGGCUCUUAUGCCUCAGCCCGAUCGCCAGCCGGCUCGUCGGGCUCUUAUGCCUCAGCCCGAUCGCCAGGCUCUCAUGCCUCAGCCGGCUCGUCGGGCUCUUAUGCCUCAGCCCGAUCGCCAGGCUCUCAUGCCUCAGCCAGCCUGUCAGGUUUCCCACGCCCCAGCCGGUGA